GUUGCACCAAUGUGUAAUGUUUACUUCCUCUUUGGGUCUACUUGUUCCUGGGGCAGCUGCUAGCAACAGCAGCUCUUCUCACAGUAGUCGACGCUAGCCCGCCGAGCUAGCUGACCGCUAACGUGCAGUAUCAACAGUCGUCAAGGCAACGAUGAACAUCCUCCCUAAGAAGAGCUGGCACGUUCGCAACAAAGACAAUGUUGCUAAAGUGCGGAGGGACGAGGCUCAGGCAGCGGAGGAGGAGCGCGAGGCCAAGCGGCGCGUCGAGCGUGCCGAGCAAGAGGCACGUACAGAGUAUCUAAGAAGGAAAUCCCGAGCUGCUCUCCAGGCAGCAGGAGAAAGGAAAGAUGAUGAUGAUGAUGAGGAACGGAGUGGAGGAAGUGGAGCUCUGGAGCAUCUCAAUCUUUUUCCUCUGGAGGAGUCCUCAGAGAAGAAGGGGAACGAAGAGUAUCUCAAAGAAAAGAAAGAUGAAAAGGAGAAGCAGGAGCGUGCUAUUGGCUUGCUGGUGUCUCUUGGACCCCAACCAGGGACGGAGGUCACUCCGUGGUACCUGAAAAGCGGUCAAGAAAAAGAAGAAAGGAAAGAAAAAGAAAAGAGAAAGGGAAUAAGUGAAGAGGAGAGAGAGAAGAAGGAUCGUAGAUUGAAGGAUAGUUUGGACCCAUUGAAAGAAAUGAAGAAAGCUCUUGCAAUAAAAGACAGAAAGGAACACAAGAGCAAGAAAAGGGAAAAAAGAGACAAAGGGGAAAAGAGGAGCAGUGGAGAGAGCUCCAUAGAGAGAUUACGUGCUGAGCGUUUACAGAGGGAGGCUGAAGAAAGGAGGCGAGCCCAGGCCCUGCUCGAUCAGAGGAGCGGCAAAGCAAAGGAGCCUGGGAGGGAGGUGAAUGAGAGGGAAAGGCCUUACAACAGCGCCUUCUUCCCAGAACUUGCCCGAAAGCGACAAAGGCGGGAUAGAGAUAGCUGGAGAGAUGAAAUAUUAAAAUCAUGAACUGUCUUCAUCAGUUGUUUGAAGACUGUGAUGGAUGGUUAGAGGACAAAUGCUGUGACCAGCAGUUUGUUUACAAAUGUAAAGGCCCAGAGGAAAGAGGGUGACAUGGAAAGGGGGCUAAAGAACCACAUUAUGAACAUACUUGUAACCUGGUCCAGCUAUUGCCAAAAAGUUGAUGAUGAGGCAAAUUGUACGUCUCUUAUCCUCCAUUUUGAUUUCUUUUGGUGCACCCAGAAAAGGAAAUUCCUGCGGCAGCGAGGUCAGAGGUGAGGUUCAGCUGCAGCAACGUCUGCCCCCUGCAGCGUUUUGCUCAUGAACACGGCAGCAGGACAGAUGGUUGCCAUCACAGGGGGCAUGAGCCCAGGCUGUCGGCAAAGAAAAACACUCAGUGAACAACUGGUUGGUUUAUAUUAUUGUUAUUAUAAGUGUAAAAAGGUUUUAAAGUGAGCAAACACCAGCACACACUGAAUGGUCUGUAGUCUCAGUCAAAUAAUCACAGUGGGAACAGUGGAGUAGAAACAAUUAGUUGAUUAAUCAGUUCAUACAAUGACAGAAAAUGAAUCUGCAAACCUCUCAAUUAUUAAUAGUUUCAUUAUUCAUUAGUCAUUAGUCAUUUUUUAAACAAAAAAUCCAACCUUUAUCAGGUUCCAGCUUCUCACAUUUGUGGAUUUACUGCUUCUGUAUGUCAAAUAUACAGUAAUACAGUAAACAGAAUCUUUCUGGGUUUGCACUGUUGGUUGAAUAAAACAAACAAUUAGGAGAUGUUACUUUGGGCUCUAGAAAAUUAUGAUGGGCACUUUCACCUUUUUUCUGACAUUUUAUGGAAGAAAUAAUCAGAAAAGAAUCUGCAGACUAUUCAGUAUGUGUUAUUUGCAGCUGUAUGUGAAAUCAUACAGUACAUAUCUGGUGUAAAGGUUGACAGUAAGGAUAAAAUAGUUCAGAUUUAUUUUUUAUUUUUACUUUUUAUUUCUGUUAUUGUUUUUUGAAGUCCCACAUGUUCCUCAUGUGAAGCCUAUAAUAAUGAAUAAAACCAGGGUGACAUCA